CGUCUCGCUGGCAGGUGGGGAGCGGCGGGCCGGGCCGGCGGGGAGGGGUCCCCGGGGGUGUCACCGGAUAGCACCAUGGCCUCCCGCGGGGGUCCCCGUGCCGCCGGCACCGACGGCAGUGACUUCCAGCACCGGGAGCGCGUGGCCUCACACUACCAGAUGAGUGUGACCCUCAAGUCGGAGAUCAAGAAGCUGAUCUACACACACGUCAUCAUCUGGCUGCUGCUGAUGGCCCAGAUGUGCGUGGGACACCUCAAGCUGCUGCCCCACGACCAGGUGGCCAUGCCCUACCAGUGGGAGUACCCCUACCUGCUCAGCAUCCUGCCCUCCCUCAUGGGCCUCCUCUCCUUCCCCCGCAACAACAUCAGCUACCUGGUGCUCUCCAUGAUCAGCACCGGCCUCUUCUCAGUGGCUCCUCUCAUCUAUGGGGCCAUGGAGAUGUUUCCCAUGGCGCAGCAGCUCUACCGUCACGGCAAAGCUUACCGCUUCAUCUUCGGCUUCUCGGCUGUCUCUGUCAUGUACCUGGUGGUGGUGGUGGCUGCUCAAGUGCACGGCUGGCAGCUCUAUUACAGCAAGAAACUGCUGGACUCCUGGUUCACCAGCACGCAGGAGAAGAAGAAGAAAUGAGCGAGGCUGGAUGUGCUCCGGGAGGGCUGGAGCUCCGCAGCCGGGCCCUGUGGGGUGGCGCUGGCGCAGCUCCGGUGGGUCCCUGAGGACCAACCUGCGUGUCUGAGCGUAGCCGCGGCUUCGUGCUCACAUUGUCGGGGGGGCAGUGGGGGGUCCCCGCUGCGCCCCACCGCGGGCUGCGGGUGCCCCUUUCCUCCGCCUGUCGCUCUAUGGAAAUAAAGCGCCCUCUCGGCUCCCA